UACGCUGAUUUCGGACGUCAUGUCCCGGAUCGGCCAGAGCUACGGCAGUUUCGAGGCUCCUCAGUGGCAGUGCCUAACUGGCACCCGAGACCGCACUGUCCUGUACGAGAAGAGUAUCGAGCACACUGCCGCGGCUCUUGCUUUCACUGCCCAGCUCAAUUACGAGCUGAACAACGAGAUCCAUUCGAGCAGGACUCUCGCCCAAGAGGAGAGGGACCUCCACCUUAGAGCGAAUGAUGAUCUGAAGGCGGCGAAUACUAAGCUCGAGGCAGUGGUUAAGGAGCGUGAGGAAAUGGCCAAGGAGCUCGGAAAGCUGAAAACUGAACUCGAGGAGCAAAAGAAAGAUAACAUCCAGCUUCGGGAGACCAAUAAGAAGCUCGAGGAAGACAAGACCGCCACCUUCGACCUUAUAGAGGAUGUCAAAGCUCGCCUUACUGCCGAGUACAAAGAAAAGAAGGAAACGGCGGUCGACUCAGCCAUGUACCGGAUGUGGGCUUAUAACGAAGAGCUGGACACCAGCUUUUUGGGUCCCCUCGAGGCACCGUUCCUUGAAUGA